GAGCGCGCGCCGCGUGGCCUUGUUUGGGGGCGGGGCCACGCGCCCGCCUGCGUGGUGCGUGUGUGAAGGGGGGUGCAGCGCGCGGUCCCGGGGUCCCGGAGGGGAGUGCGCAGGCGCUGAGUCCCUGCUCGGCUGUCUCGGUGGUCGCCGCCGGGGUCUGAGCCCGGGAAGACCGAGGUUCCAGCCGUCCUCACCUCAGGAGGACGUAGCUUUGUGCCUUUCAAAGCCCUUUCUCAUCUAUCAUCAGGGACUCAGAAGAUGAGCCAGGUUUACAGCCCUGCCUUGAUGCGUAGUGCCGAGUUCCUUGAAGAAAAUUAUUUUAUGGACAAUGUAUGAGUCUGUUUUCAUGCUGCUGAUAAAGACAUACCCAGACUCACAGUUCUACAUGGCUGGGGAGGCCUCACAAUCGUGAUGGAAGGUGAAAGACACGUCUUACAUGGCCACAGGGAGAAUGAGAGUCCCCGUACAGAACCAUCAGAUCACAUGAGACUUACUCACUGCCAUGAGAACAGCAUGGGGGAAACCGCCCCCAUGAUUCAGUUAUCUCCCACCGGGUCCCUCCCACAACACGUGGAAAUUAUGGGAGCUAUAAUUCAAGAGAUUUGAGUGGGGACACAGCCAGACCAUAUCAGACAAGAAUCAUCUUCUCAAAUUUGGGGUGCGUGGCUGAGUGCACACACCUGUGAACACUGCGGGAUGAAUGCAUUACAACUUCCUGGAACAAGUCAUUUUACCUAAGUAAUUGGAAGGGGAAAGCCAACUGAUCUGCUUAUCUGCCCUGCCUUACCAGCUCUGUGCCCAUCUCUCAGUGUGGACUCUAAAGGGGGAGGAAAGGAUGCCUUCUGCACGGGGGAAAUCCAAAUCCAAGGCACCUAUAACAUUUGGGGACUUAGCCAUCUACUUCUCCCAGGAGGAGUGGGAAUGGCUGAGCCCCAUUCAGAAGGAUUUGUAUGAAGAUGUCAUGUUGGAGAAUUACCGGAACCUGGUCUCGCUUGGUCUUUCCUUUCGGAGACCAAAUGUGAUCACCUUAUUGGAGAAAGGGAAAGCACCCUGGAUGGUAGAGCCAGUAAGAAGACGCCGGGCUCCUGACUCGGGGUCUAAAUGUGAGACCAAGAAGUUACCUCCAAAUCAAUGCAACAAAUCUGGGCAAAGCAUCUGCCAGAAACUAGUUUCUGCACAACAAAAAGCUCCUACACGAAAGAGUGGCUGCAACAAAAAUUCAGUCCUAAUAAAACCUAAGAAAGGGCAUUCAGGGAAGAAACCUUUAAAAUGUAAUGACUGUGGUAAAACCUUUAGUCGAAGCUUCUCUCUUAAACUUCAUCAGAACAUUCAUACGGGAGAGAAGCCUUUUGAAUGCAGUAAUUGUAGAAAAGCUUUCAGACAGAUCUCAUCCAUCCUACUUCAUCAGAGAAUUCACAGUGGAAAGAAAAGCCAUGAAUGCAAUAAAUGUGGGGAAAGCUUCAAUCAAAGAACAACCCUUAUUCUACAUAUGAGAAUUCAUGAUGGAAAGGAAAUUCUUGACUGUGGGAAGGCCCUGAGUCAAUGUCAGUCUUUCAAUAUACAUCAGAAAAUUCACGUUGUUGGGAAUGUCUGCCAGUGCAGAAAGUGCGGAAAAGCCUUCAGUCAGAUGUCAUCCCUUUUACUUCAUAAGAAAAUCCACAAUGGAAAGAAAACACAUAAUAAAUGUGGGAGAGGCUUCAAAAAGAAAUCAGUCUUUGUUGUACAUAAAAGAAUUCAUGCUGGAGAGAAAAUCCCUGAAAAUGCGAAGGCCUUAAGUCAGAGUCUACAGCAAAGAAGUCACCAUUUAGAGAAUCCUUUUAAAUGCAGAAAAUGUGGGAAAUUAUUUAAUAGGAUUUCACCCCUGAUGCUUCACCAGAGAAUUCACACUUCAGAGAAACCGUACAAAUGUGAUAAAUGUGACAAGUUCUUCAGGCGGCUUUCAACCCUUAUUCUGCAUCUAAGAAUUCAUAAUGGAGAAAAACUAUACAGAUGCAAUAAAUGUGAGAAGGUCUGCAAUCGGCAUUCAUCCCUUAUUCAACAUCAGAAAGUUCAUACAAAGAAAAAGAAACUAUUUGAGUGUAAGGAAUGUGGGAAGAUGUUUUCUGGAACUGCAAACCUUAAAAUACAUCAGAAUAUUCAUUCUGAAGAGAAACCUUUCAAAUGCAAUAAAUGUAGUAAAGUUUUCGGCCGCCAAUCAUUUCUUAUUGAACAUCAAAGAAUUCAUACUGGAGAAAAACCCUACCAGUGUGAGGAAUGUGGAAAAGCCUUCAGCCACCGAAUAUCUCUCACACGACAUAAGAGAAUUCAUACUGAAGAUAGACCCUAUGAAUGUGAUCAGUGUGGGAAGGCCUUCAGCCAGAGUGCACACCUCGCCCAACAUGAAAGAAUUCACACUGGAGAGAAGCCAUAUACAUGCAAAACAUGUGGUAAGGCCUUUAGUCAGCGCACAUCUCUUAUUCUACAUGAAAGAAGUCAUACUGGAGAGAAACCCUAUGAAUGUAAUGAAUGUGGGAAGGCAUUUAGCAGUGGCUCAGACCUUAUUCGACAUCAGAGAAGUCAUUCUUCAGAGAAACCCUAUGAAUGUAGUAAAUGCGGGAAGGCAUAUAGUCGGAGUUCAUCCCUGAUUCGACAUCAGAAUACACAUUCUGAAGAAAAAGCCUAAGGUUGUUUUAAAUCUAUAAAAUCAACGAAUGAGGCUAUCAAACAUAUGGCAAAUAUGUAUUUGUCUAUAAUGUAAAUUUUGUGUAUAUGGGACCAUUUGAUGAUAUGUCCCACUUUGAAAGCCAAAGAGCAAAAGUCAUUGGUGAUUUUGACCUCAGGAUUUGAAAUUAAAUGAAGGAAACUCAGAAGUUUGGUCAGUCAUUGUGAAUGAAGAUCAUUUUUCAUUUGAUAAGAAUUACUGGCUGGGCGCAGUGGCUUACACCUGUAACCCCAGCACUUUGGGAGGCUGAGACAGGCGGAUCACGAGGUCAAGAGUUUGAGACCACGGUGAAACCCUGUCUCUACUAAAAAAUACAAAAUUAGCUGGGCGUGGUGGUGCGCACCUGUAAUCUCAGCUACUGGAGAGGCUGAGGCAGGAGAAUCGCUUGAACCCAGGAGGUGGAGGUUGCAUUGAGCAGAGAUUGCGCCACUGCACUCCAGUCUGGGCAACAGAGCAAGACUCUGUGUCAAAAAAAAAAAAAAAAAAUUACUGAUAUUUUACUUCAAGCAUAGUUUUAAAGAUAAUUUAUUGGUCACAUACAACAAAAUAGAAUUGUGAAGUCCAUUAUAGGGCUCUGAGCCUGAUUUAAGGUCACAGAAAAAAGAAUUUGAGUCUGUUUCUCAGAUCUAGAAUUAUCAAAUAUAAGGAACUUCUCGGCAAAACAGGGUGCCACUUUCAGCUGACAAACUUGUGGGUGAGAAUAAAGAAAAGUGAGUCUUUAGGUAGAUAAAGUUGUCACUCAUAAUGGUGUGUAACAGUAGAAAUCUUACUGUACCAUCUCCACGGAUAUGAGGAUAUAUGAUCUUCAUGGUGUGAACGUCUAACAUGGCUGAGACAAGCUAUCAGUAAAAGAACCAAGAUAUAGUGAAGAAUGAGGAUUUCAGAGCCAGGAGAAAUCAGUAUUGUUUUAUUUGGAAAUAAAUCAUCUAUAUUUAUAUGAGUAAACAUUGGUAUUUUCAUGUAACAAUACUGGUAUGCAAUAAGUGGUGUAAUAUGAGUUGUUAUGGACUGAAUGUUUAUGUCCCCCCCAAAACUAAUUAUGUUAAAAUCCUCACCAUCAAUGUGAUGUUACUUGGAAAUGAGGCAUUUGGGAGGCAAUUAGGAUUAGAUGAGGUCAUGAGGGUGGAGCCCUCUUGAUGGGAUUAGUGCCUUUAUAAGAAGAGACAUCAGGCUGAGCGCGGUGGCUCACGCCUGUAAUCCCAGCACUUUGGGAGGCCCAGGUGAGUGGAUCAUGAGGUCAGGAGAUUUGAGACAAUCCUGGCUAACACGGUGAAACCCCGUCUCCACUGAAAAAAAAAAAUACAAAAAAUUAGCCAGGCACAGUGGCAUGUGCCUGUAGUCCCAGCUACUUGGGAGGCUGAAGGAGAAGAAUCGCUUGAACCCAGGAGGCGGAGGUUGCAGUGAGCCAAGAUCACGCCACUGUACUCCAGCCUGGGCGACAGAGCGAGACUACGUCUCAAAAAAAAAAAAAAAAAAAAAGACAUCAGAAAGCCUGCUUGCUGUCUGCACCAUGUGAGGAUGCAGGAAGAAGCCAGCUGUCUACAGAACAGGAAGAGAACCCUACGAGAACCUAACCAUGCUGGCGACCUGUUCUCAGACUUCGAGACUUCAGAACUGUGAGAAGUAAAUUGUUGUUUAAGCCACCCAGUCUAUGAUGUUUUGUUAGGGCAGCCCCAGCUAAUAUAUGGAGUGGAAACCCUACAUUUAUCUACUGGGUUCUUUUCCUGUCAGCAGUUCAACAUGUGUAGUAGCUUUCAGUCUCUGCUGUUUGUGCCAAAUAUAUAAGAAAUAAAAUCAGAUAACUUUUUUGUAAUUGGAUCAUA